AUGUAUUAUUACAAAGAAGAUAAAUCACUGCGUAACCUUUUAUCUGGCUGCCCUUGUCUUGAAACUCUGGUCGUGAGACGAGCUGCUUGUGGUGAUGGUAUCAAAUCUUUCGUUAUUGAGGUGCCAUCUUUGCAGAGUCUAUCAAUACAUGCUGAAAACGAUGGACAAGAGCAUUGUGAAUACGUGAUUAAUGCUCCUUCUUUGAAAUACUUGCAUAUCUAUACGGAAAAGGGUCCUGAAGUUUGUCUAAGUGAGACUUCUCUGAAGCUGGUAGAAGCGAAAAUUUCAUGUGAAACAAUCGAUGAUAAGCUUUUGGGAUCUUUAACUUCAGUCAAAAUGCUUUCUUUGCUCUUUUGGUCACCCUUGGAGGUUGUGUAUCCUACUGGUAGUAGUGUCUUCUAUCGGUUGGUAUGUUUGGAGAUAUAUACAGGUAAACCGGCGUGGUGGAAUCUUCUUAUGUUCAUGCUCGAUGCUUCGCCUAAAUUACGAGUACUCAAGCUCCUCACCGAUAAAUGGCAUAAGGUUGGAGAACAUGUGGUCUGUGAGAAAUGGAAUCAACCAAAGACUGUUCCUGAAUGUUUGUUGCUCCAUCUCGAGACAUUUGUGUGGGAAGGCUACGAGGGGAAACGCCAAGAAGAGAAAGAGGUAGCAAAAUAUGUACUAAGGAACACAAGUCGUUUGAAAAAGGUAGCUUUCUCCAAAUCAAAUUGUAGUUUAAAAGACAGACUUGAGAUGCUUAAAGAGUUGGAAAGAGUCAUCAAGACUCCGGAUUCAUGUCAGUUUGAUUUUGCAUGAAACUUUUAUAUUUGAUUUAGGAGAUUCUUCGA